UACGAUGGGGCGAUGGCAUUCUUAAAGGCCGAAUAUCGAGUUUUAGCCAUUUUUGUAGCGGUGGUUGCUGUAUUGUUGGUCUUCAGCGGAUAUCAGGAUGCUGACUCGCAUCCGCUCAUUGGCCUUUCAUUUAUACUUGGUGCCAUCUCAUCGGCACUAGCCGGAUACAUUGGUAUGAAAGUAGCUACCAAAGCCAACGUACGGACCACUAAUGCAGCUAGAGAUGGCCUGGGUAGGGCGCUAGAAAUUGCGUUUUCAGGUGGAUCUGUUAUGGGUCUUGGUGUGGUCGGACUCGGCGUGCUGGGUCUGGGAAGUCUCUUUCUCAUUUAUUCCGGAAUGGAUUGGACUAUUACGCGUGUCAUUAAUGUCAUUACAGGUUUUUCUUUUGGCGCAUCCUCGAUCGCUCUAUUUGCCAGAGUUGGUGGAGGUAUAUAUACCAAGGCCGCCGACGUAGGAGCUGAUUUGGUUGGGAAAGUCGAGGCAGGCAUACCCGAAGAUCAUCCGCUCAAUCCGGCAACGAUUGCUGAUAACGUGGGAGACAAUGUUGGGGAUGUAGCUGGAAUGGGAGCUGCUUUUGAGUCCUAUAUCGGUUCAAUCAUUGGUACGAUGGUACUUGGUGCAGCCUUUAUUGGAGUGGCCGGUUAUGAGAAUACAAAUGACUAUGGAGGUCUAAAUGCCGUCUUAUUGCCUCUUGUACUCGCUGGGUUAGGCAUCGUCACCUCUAUUGCAGGCACCUUCUUCGUCAGGGUAAAAGAAGGUGGAGACCCACAGCGGGCACUCAAUUUUGGCGAGCUUACUGCACAGGGCGUCAUGUUAAUUGGCACCUAUUUCAUUGUAACUACGAUGCUGCCUGAUACCUGGUCAUUUGGAGGCGACGAAUACUCAACAUGGGGUGUUUUUGCUGCUGUAAUAGCAGGGCUGGUAUCUGGCACACUGAUUGGCUACAUUACUGAAUAUUAUACUGGCACGGGCAAAACACCGGUCAUGCGCAUUGCUGAACAAUCGCUGACGGGCAGCGCAACCAAUAUUAUUUCUGGACUUGGAGUCGGUAUGCAAUCGACGGCGUUACCCAUCAUUGUUUUGGCAGCUGCUAUCUUGACAGCGCACCAUUUUGCCGGACUUUAUGGCAUCGCCAUUGCCGCAGUUGGAAUGUUAAGUAAUACGGGCAUCCAACUGGCAGUUGAUGCUUAUGGCCCCAUAUCAGACAAUGCUGGUGGUAUUGCCGAGAUGAGCGACCUUCCCAAAGAAGUAAGACAACGCACCGACAAGUUGGAUGCCGUCGGAAAUACUACGGCAGCCAUUGGCAAGGGAUUUGCCAUUGGAUCAGCCGCUUUGACAGCUUUGGCACUUUUUGCGGCAUUUAUGACGAUUGCAGGUAUCGAUUCUAUUGACAUCUCUCAGCCUAAAAUUAUGGCAGGACUAUUUGUGGGUGGUAUGCUUCCGUUUCUGUUUUCUUCAUUGGCUAUGAAUGCCGUUGGUAGGGCAGCGAUGGAUAUGAUCCAAGAGGUUCGUCGACAAUUCAAAGAUAUUCCUGAGCUUAAAAAUGCCCUUGCCGUCAUGAAUAAAAAUGAAGGGAUAGAAAGCGACCAAUGGAGUAAAGAAGACAAAGCCAUAUUUGAUGCCGCCGAUGGAAAAGCUGAGUAUAGCAAAUGUGUGGCGAUCUCUACCAAAGCAUCCAUUAGAGAAAUGGUAUUGCCUGGGUUGAUCGCCGUAUUGACACCAGUGGGAUUCGGAUUUUUAGGUGGCGCAGAAAUGCUAGGCGGUGUUUUGGCUGGGGUUACGGUAGCAGGUGUAUUAAUGGCCAUAUUUCAGUCCAACGCUGGCGGUGCCUGGGACAAUGCUAAAAAAAUGUUUGAGGAGGGUGUGGAUAUCAAUGGAACCACCUAUCACAAAGGAUCCGAGCCACACAAGGCGACCGUGGUUGGCGAUACCGUAGGAGACCCGUUUAAAGAUACAUCCGGUCCAUCACUAAAUAUACUUCUCAAGUUGAUGACGGUGGUAUCAGUUGUCAUAGCUCCGUUUCUCUAA